GUGGUUUAAACCAAAAUAUAUGUAUAUCACUUCAUUCCAUUUACUGAUUUUGGCUUCUCUGAAACUUCAAGUGCAGUUUGUUGACUUCUGAAAAUGAACAACUAACUCAUUUUGCCCUCUGAUCUGAUGCGUGGCAGGGUCCAGUUGCACGCCCAGUCCCUAGGAUGGCCGCCUCAUUCAAUCCAGAAGCUCAUGGGAUGCAAGGCACACCACACCUUGAACCUCAUGGACCCAGAUCCGCCAUGGUCGCCCGGGGCUUCUUCAACAUCAGCCUCCAUGGUGGUCCUGCUCCGUGCCGUGCCAACCCAGGGGGCGCGAUGGAGGGAUUCGCGCCGUCGAAGGAGAUGCUCACGCGGCGGCUGCUUCUGCUCGCCCGUUGCCCACGCCAUGGCAGGAAGGAGGAAGAGACGCGGAAGGAAGGAGGAACAGGCCGUUGUUGGACUCCACGGAGACGCUCCUCUUCCACUCCCUCAUCCCCCAAGCCUAUUUCAUUCAUUCAUUCAUGCCUAGACGAUUGUCGAGUCAUAUACUCUAGAGACCACCAUGUGGUUUGCGCGGGGGAGAACUUCACCAGCGAGUCUGUUGGUGUGAGGCCUACUUCAACUGCAAAAGGCUCCCAACGUGUUUCGGUUGAAGAGAGCAUCCUUGCAUCUCUUGGGUCAUUCCAGCAAAUGUGGUUCUUCAAAGCCAAGCAAGUUAAGAUAUUCUCGGUUCUUUUCUGUUUGCCCUGCUUAAUCAUCUCAGGCACCUAACAAUAUCUUCUCCCAAGAUAGGUAUGAAGAGCAUGGGGUUCGAUUGGCCAGGAACACCAUCCUCGACGAGUCCCAUGAGAGGGUCUACUCCACAAUGGUACUACUGGCUAGCAUAUUGCAUGUUCUUUAUCUGCUCACUGGUGCCAUUGUAUUCCUGUUAUGAUCACGAGUGCCAUUGUACUGUAUAUCCACGAGUUGUACAAGUGCAGACCCUAUACUAGUCAAUUCUUUUUGUAUUGGGUAUGUGUUGUUAUGCUCCUGUUACGGUUAAAGUAUGGAUUUUCCCCAGUAACUUGAUUUAAUCUCACAUGGAAACAUAUCAAUUA